AGUUCAACCUGUUUUCGGGUCCAAUUAGUGUGCGUACACCUACCUAUCCCGAUCGCCGGUCCGGUCGUCACCACGUCGUUGAUGUGUGAUCGUCUACCGAACUCGUCUUCCGCGCGCUCAGUCUCUCGCACACACGUCGAUCGACAUUCGGCUGGUCGACGACACGAGUGGUAUCUCCGCAAGUGCCAAAACCGAACCGACCGGCGCACAAAGCCCAAAAGCAAUCGCUAGUACCGUACGGAGAUUCUUAGCGGAAUGGUGAUCUUGAGGGGGCUUUCGCCGUUAGUGUUGACGUUGUUUUGGAUUGCAGCGACGAGUCAUGCUGCCACUUUAUUCGAUACCUGUACGGACGGGGCCGGAGUUCGCGGAGUUUGUGUCCCGUUGAAGGAUUGCGACACAGUAGGAGCCUUGCUGAGGCGCGGAGGUCUAACCAGCCAGGAGCGAGAAUAUCUGAUGAAGUCGGACUGCGGUGCCAGCACGGCGGGAAGAUUGGUUUGUUGUCCUCUACCAAGGUCGCUGAAGGCGCGCUUCUCAGCCCCGGCCAGUUUACCGCCGGUGGGAGUUUGCGGGAUCGAUACCUCCGAUCGGAUUGUGGGUGGCGAAAUUGCCAAACCGGAUGACUUCCCCUGGCUGGCGAGAAUUCAAUACUUUAAACCCAACCGACGCUUCGGGUUUCACUGCGGAGGAGUGCUGAUCAACGAACGAUAUGUACUCACGGCAGCCCAUUGUAUCCACAGCGUGCCAUCUUCUUGGACACUCUACAAAGUUCGUUUCGGAGAAUAUGACACCCAAACUGACAAGGAUUGCAACUAUUACGACCCAACGGAUUGCGAAGAUGCCCAGCAGGACGUCCUGAUCGCAUCGUACUACAUCCACGAAGACUACUUCCAGGAGAAUGGCGCAGACUACAACGACAUAGCGUUGAUUCGCUUGGCUCUACCGGUAACUUACACUUAUUUCAUUCAACCGAUCUGUCUACCGGUGACGGAGGAACAAAAACAACUGCCAACGGAGACAUCCAGGAUGAUGGUGGCCGGAUGGGGUCAAACGGAGAACAAGAGUGCCAGUCAGUACAAGAUGUUCCUGGAAGUUCCCGGAUGGACCAACGAUAAGUGCCGGGACGCCUUCUCGUCGGUUAGUGUGGACAUCAUCGACACGCAGCUGUGCGCCGGUGGAGAGGUCGGCAAGGACUCUUGCCGAGGGGACUCGGGUGGCCCGCUGAUGAAGAAGCAUACCGUAGGCGGCAAGAUUGCGUGGUUCCUGAAGGGUAUCGUAAGUUUUGGUACGGAAAAAUGCGGCACCGAAGACGUGCCGGGAGUGUACUCUAGAGUCAGUAAAUAUAUGGAUUGGAUUUUGGAGAAUAUAGAAGAGUAAGUGACGAAUUGAGA